AUGCACCCCACACUUUACUUCGGUACGGCAGCGGUCAAGAGUGGCGUUGGCAAGGCGAUCGGCAUGACCUUUUGCCUGCCUGUCAAUGUGACGGAGCUUGGCGUGCUGGAACCUCGCCAGCUCUACCUUGACCGCUAUCUGCAGUUGCCGGAGCCUCUUGUUACGCGUGGUAAAGAUGCCAAGAACCCGCUGUAUGUCAAUGGUGCUGCCACCCUAAAUCCGCAGGCGCGUGAUACCGUGGUCGGAGGCAGUGUCGAGCAGCAGCGCGUUGUAUUCGGCCGUGUUCAUAGUCUCGCUUCUGCUCGGCUUGUAGUAGAAGCACUUAAUCAAUACGGGGACGCUGGGAUUGAAUAA